AUGAAAAGUCAAGUAUAUAAGGUACAAGCUAUUUAUAACACCAUCUACCACUUCCGCCCUCACAGACCAAUCCCAACAAUCCUCCCAAAUCCUCAGAAUCCAUCACUCCCUUCUCUCCCGCCGCCUAACCUCUUCCAACUCGCUGAUUCCUACUUAACCCGCCUUAGGCUCACCGAGCCCCAACUCAACUCGUUCCUCCUUAUAUCGGAUAACGUGUUAAAACAAGCCCAAGAGAUCGACGACAAGAUUGACAGGGAUGAGGAUGUGGGUCCGCUUGCUGGGGUGCUUGUUGGGGUCAAGGAUAAUAUAUGUACGUCCGAUAUGCCGUCUACUGGUGGGUCUCGCAUUUUGGAGAAUUAUCGGGCGCCGCAUGAUGCCACGGCUGUCAGGAGAAUGAAGGAGAAGGGUGCCAUUGUGGUGGGAAAGACUAAUUCGGAUGAGUCUGGUAUGGGAAGUACCAUUGAACGUUCCUCUUUUCAGGUGACUUCAAACCCUAGGGAUACGUCUCGGGUGCCUGGUGGAUCAUCAGGAGGAUCUGCUGCGGCUGUUUCUGCCAGGCACUGUGUAGUAUCAUUGGGAAGUGAUACUGGUGGAAAUCUAAGACAGCCAGCAUCAUUUGGUGGUGUUGUUGGAUUGAAGCCAACCUUUGGGCGUGUCUCAAGAUUUGGACUUAUGGCAUAUGCUUCAUCACUGGCUGUUGUUGGAUGCUUUUCUACAUCAGUUGCUGAUACUGGCAUUAUUCUUCAUGCAAUUAGUGGUCAUGAUAGAUAUGAUGCCACUAGCAGUAGGAGAGAGGUUCCUGAUUUCACCCCUCUGUUUACUUCUGGUAAUCUUGUGGAAUCUAGACCAUUGAAGGGAUUGAGGGUUGGUCUUAUCCGUGAAACUCUUGAUGAGGGUGUUGAUAAUGGAGUAAAAUCUGCAAUCAGUGGUGCUGCAUCGCACCUGGAAGGAUUAGGAUGCACUGUGACAGAGGUAUCAUUGCCAUCUUUCUCCCUUGGUUUACCAGCUUACAAUAUUCUUGCUUCUUCAGAAUCAUCUUCUCACUUAUCACGUUAUGAUGGUGUCAGAUAUGGAAAGCAAGCUGUUGCUGAUGAGUUAAAUGUGCUUUAUGGAAAUUUUCGAGCAAAGGGAUUUGGUCCUGAGGCUCUAUCACCUUGCUUAAAUGAACUUUUGAAGUGAAGAAUCAUCUAAAAUGUUUCAAGGGUUUUAUUGCCAGUGCCACCUCCUAUUAUCAUUGAUAACUUCAAGGCUAAUAAUUAUAACUUAGGUCAGAAGGAAAAUGUAAUUUUAGUUGUACUUGUCAGGAACCCUAAAUUUGUAUAUGCAUAUUUGCAGGUCAAAAUGAGAAUUUUGAUGGGAACAUAUGCCCUUUCAGCUGGUUAUUAUGAUGCAUACUAUAAGCGUGCUCAACAGGUGAGGACUUUAAUCCAGAAAAGUUUCAAGGCUGCAUUAGAUGCAAAUGACAUCCUAAUUUCUCCUGCUGCUCCAUCGGCUGCUUAUAAGAUUGGUGAAUAGAAAAAUGAUCCGCUGGCAAUGUAUGCAAGUGAUAGCAUGACCAAUAAUAAAGAAGAAAGAGAAUCAGGUCAGCGCUCUAUUGCAGCUGGAGCGCAAUGCAGAAGAUGCGCCAGAGUGGCUCCUUACAUUUGGAAUCAGCAUAGGAUCAUGAAAUAAACAUAGAUUUGUGUUGGACACAGACUCUUCAAGGUUGCGGAUUUGUUCCUCCACUGGUAGCAGAUGAUGCAUGGUAGCAUCAAUUAUCUCUACUCCUUUGAGAAGGCUUAAGCAUUUUGCAAAUGCAACGAGUCAUUCAUUAUACUUGACAAGUAACAAAUUUGAUGGAAGUAUCUGUUGGUGUAGCUUGAUGUAAACUCACCUGUCGAGGGUAAUUCUCAGGCUUAUGCUCUCCUUAAUGUGGAACUGGUUCAUUCAAAUUGAAAUGAGCUGUACCUGAUUAAAGUUCUCACUAAAAGUUGAGAGAGUACUUUGCAAAUGUUUUUGUAGGCAUUAAUCCACUAAUAAUAGUUGGGUCUAUUUUAGCUUUGUUA